AUGACCCGCGCCGUCCUAGCCGAGGUCCUCGACGCCCUCGACGCAGCGCUCUGCCACACGCCCUACGCGGUCUGCGGCCUCGCCGCCAUGGCCGUCUGGGGCUUCGGCGGCCGCGCGCCCUCACACAUCAGCGUCGUGUGCCCGACCCACUCGGCCGCCGCAAUCAGGUCCUGGGCCGCCGCCGCCGGCAUGGUCCUGUACCCGGACAGGCCCGACACAAUCGGCCUAGCCACCGCCUCCGACGGCGUCGUCCGCCGCGUCAGGAUCAAGUUCUUGAGUGACGGGUUUGAUGCCCUACGAGCGGUGCACCCGUCGGGUGUCUACGAUGGUGCUAUGGGUCGCGCUGUGGCCACGCGCCGCACGAGGGUUCUGGCCCUGCCGUCGCUGCUGGAUCUCAUGGCUAGGGGGUAUGUGCGCGCCGCGGAGGCGGAGGCCGGUGGGAAUGGGGCGGCGGCGUGUGAUCGUCGCGCCAUCGCGCAGGAUAUGUUCUGGGUGCUGUUUCGGCUGAUCGACGGCGGGUUCGUCGAGGAGGGGGCGAUGCCGCUAGCUGAGGCGGACGUCCCCAGCGUCGUGGAUGGCUGGACUAAAUCCUGGAACCUGAUACUGCUCAUGAUGUUCUUGUCGUCUUUUUCUUCUGCAGCUAUUGCUGCCAUCACUUUUGGAGCCGUUCAUGGCCACAUGGUCCUGAACAAGCCGGUUCCCUUCAACUUCCUCCACGGGAGCAAGCUCGUCUCGGUUAACCCGCUGGGUGCAGACAUCCCAUUCCCCUGUCAGGGCCUCUAUGAUUAUGUCGAGCAGGUCACCCCCGUCACGGCCGGGGAAACAACGCUUGUCAACUUCACUGGUGGUGCCCAGCAUGGGGGAGGUUCCUGCCAGUUCGGCGUCACCUAUGACUGGCCUCCACCAGCCGAAAAAUCCAAGUGGAAGACCAUCUACACCAUCAUCGGCGGCUGCCCUGUCAACGCAAAUGCUGGAGGUACUGGUAAUGUGCCAUCUCUCGGACCACAGCCACAGUAUGCCCAACGGCAGGAUUCAGCCCAUUGCGGCAACGACUAUGGCAACGACUGUGUGCGCCAGUUCAACAUCCCGGUCCCAAAGGAGCUGAAGAAUGGUAAUGCUACCUUUGCCUGGACUUGGUUCAGCAACAUUGGCUUCAGUGAGAUGUACAUGAACUGUGCUCCCAUCUCAAUCUCCGGCGGCACUGAGGACAGCACUUUCUUCGACGGUCUUCCUGCCAUGUUCCUGGCCAAUAUCGACGGCGAAUGUUUGACCAAAUCCGAUGGUAUCAUCAAUAUCCCCAACCCAGGCAAGAUCGGCCGAGUCAUAGAGCCGCCUACAUACGGUGUUCAGGGAACGUGUGAGAACCCGCCAGCGCCGAGCUUUGAGGAGGGAGACGCCAAUGGCACUGCUCCGGAGGUUCCCCAGGGCAGCGCCCAGAGCAGCACUCAGGGCAGCGUUUCCAAUCCCGUCUCUGUCGGGCUGACCUUUGUUACCACACCGACAACCAAGGCCGUGGCGACUCAGUCUGCUUCGGCUAGCUCUGAUUUGACCCUCUCUUCCUCUCUUCCUACUUCCUCGACUUAUUUGUCCUCGACUCACUCUACUUCAACCACAGCGUCUGAAGAAGCGUUGGCGACAGAAACAGAAGCAGCUGACUUCUGCUAAACCUUGCUAGCAUGAUGCGAAGAUGGUGGACUGGUACCUAUCACGGCACUAGCCGAGACUUGGUUUCCUAUUUCGUUCACCAGGUACUGUUGCUUUCUCAUCACGAUACGUGCAGGUAGCAAGCCAGCAAUGGGCAGGGAAUUAUGAGGGAUCACGACGGCGUUAUUCAAAUAUCCAUCGAGUCUCGGGGGGACACAUUACCAGGCUGUAUUUUAGGUUUGCUUUACCAGAUCAGAGGCGGGAGCUCAUAGAUCAAUCCCGCUUUUUCUUCACAGAACGGUGUCUUCCUCUUCGACUUUCGUUGAGACAAGACUUGAAUCGGGCACAUCUGGAGAGAUGACAGUCUAUCAGGCCACGUAAGUUCUUCUACAGUUUCCU